AUGCUAUCAAAUGUAUGUCUUAAGUUUUGCCCUUCUGGAUAUAUUUUAAGUGGCAAUCAAUGCAAUUUAUCAAAUGAACUGGUUUUCAACUUAAGACUCAGCCAGAUAAAAGACAUAGUUUAUGAUUCAGUAAGAAAUGUUGCUUUCCAAACUGGAAAUGAUGAUAGUUUUUACCCAUUCUAUAAUCUAGAAGAUCCAUUUGCUGCAAACCUAAGAGGUUAUUAUUUUAGAGGAACUUCAUUCAUGAAAUCAAAAGACAAUUCGCCAUCUUUAACUCUAGGAGCAGAAUUUACAAUAUCAGCAUGAAUCAACCCAAUUUUAGAUAUUGGAUAUAUUAUAUCUAAACAAGAUAGCUUAUCUACAAAUUUUAUUACAUUUUCACUGACAUUAGGGAAACUUUGCUUUUCAAUGACAUUAGAAGAUGGAACAUCAGUUUCUUAUACCACUACAACUAUAUCAAUUACUUUAGGAUCCUGGAAUUUUAUAGCUGCUAAAAGUAUUAUAAGCCCGACACCAAAGCAACAAAUUUCGUUUUAUAUUGACUCUUCAAGCGAAAUAUCUUCUGAUCUGGCAUCCUCAUGAUAUCAGGAUAUUUCUUCAGCCUUCACUAUUAACAUUGGUGCUGGCUCUGAUCUUAGUACGAAUCUUUACAAAGGCUUUUUAUGAGAUGUUAAAUUUUUUAGUGUUAAUGAGCCUAUUAUUAGCAUUAUAACUUCAGGGACAUGCUCGGGAUGCUCUUUAUGUCCGAUAGAAUUAUCAAAUGAUUGCAUUCCAAAUUGCGAUCUGCCAUUUUAUCCUAGUGGCUUGAGCUGCAAUUCAUGUCAAGCCCAAUGCGGAUGGGGUUGCGUUAGACAUGAUAAAAAUUGCAAUUUGUGCCAAGAUGUGAUUUGCUUAGUGUGUGACGACUAUACAUCAACUUGCAUAACUUGUAGAGAGCACACUUAUAUGUCUUUAGCAGCAGUUUGUGCAUGCUAUGAUGGAUAUUACUGGGAUUUAGUGAAUGAAGAAUGCACUUUAUGUGAUUUCACCUGCAAAACAUGUAUAUCAUCAACAUCUGGGGGAUGUUUAGUAUGUGCACCUGGAUUCUAUAUGUAUUUAGGAUGAUGCAUCACUGAAUGUCCAGAUGGUUUUAUAGAAAAUGGGUCAAUAUGCGAGGAGCAGGAUACUUUCAUUUUCUACCUUUCAUUUGACACUCUAGAAGGAGUGGUUUAUGAUAAGAAAAGUAAAAUUCCAGCUCUAAUUGGCAGCAGCCCUGAAUUUUACCCAGAUUAUGAUCCGUUUGAUCCAUUAGCUGCUCCAUAUCGAGGAUUUUAUUUUAAUGGAAUAAACUCAAUAAUGCAUUUACCUAUUUACCCUGGUUAUAGCAGCCCAGUUCUUAGUUUUGGCUAUUCUUUUACCUUUUCAAUAUGAAUCAACAUAGAAAAUGGUUUUGGAACAGUUGUCUCAAAGCAAGAUAGUCUCUACAACCAAAUCUUCUCUCUCCAAUUAGCAGUAGGUAUUGUAAAGAUUUCUUUAAACUUUAGCAUUUCAAGCAUAAAUUAUUUAUUAUUAAGCUGUAACUUUUUACUUCUCUGGGUAGCCGCUCUGAAUUUUCAUAUUCACGCAAAAGGAAUUACUGGAAAGAUGCCAUCGCCAAAUUCCUGCUUCAAUUGGCUGCCCUGACCUCGCGCUAUAAUACUCGAUCUGACUAUGUUCCAGCUGAAGGCCAAUCCUCUGGUUGGUCUAGCAGAAAAACACUAUGCCUUCCAUUUCCCUAGGACUAGAAGUGGGCUCAUCGUUAGGCUCGCCUGUUAUAGAAGGAUAUGAUCCGCAGCAGAAAAACUAUCCUAAUAAUCAAAAUAUUUCUAAAUGAGAAACAAUUAGCGGAGCUAAUUAGUUUCUACAGAAUGCCAUAUUUGAUUAUUAAAUUAUUUCUUUUAUUUGCAAACUCUUGGCUCUUAUGAAUGAAAUCACAUUACGAUUGCAGCAGAGUAUACAAAUUUGAAAUAUACUAUAAUUGCAUUCUAUUUGAAUGGGCUCAUAGAUCACCAAGCCAACAUAGGAUUUGAUUAUUUUGAAGACACCAAAAUAGAUGUCACUUUUACAUUAGGAGCGGCUAAAAAUUCAUUAGGGUAUUCUAGCUAUUUUAAAGGAUUUAUUUAUGAUAUUAAAGGCUAUAACUCAUUAAAAAGUAUAUCAUCCCUUGCACUACCAUCGUGAAAAUGCACAGAAAGCUGCAAAGCGUGCUUAACUAAUGGAAUGUGUAUAUCGAAUUGCCUGAUUAGCCAGUAUUGAAUUGGACCGCAAUACUAUAAUUGCUCCAUAUGCAGUAAUGAAUGCUCAAGCUGUAGAGAUUCAAGCAAGUUUUGCAACCUUUGUGAUAAUCCCAAAUGCUAUUCAUGCACUGACUAUGCUGCAACCUCUUGCCUUGAAUGCAUAUCUAAUGCAUCAAAUAUCACAAGUUGCAAAUGCAACUAUGGUCUUGGCUGAAAUCCAAGCUUGGGGGCAUGUGAAAUCUGCCAGGCAAACCAGUUUAAAGCUAAUGAUUCAUGUUUUGACUGCCCUGAUCUUUGCACACAAUGUGAAAAUGAAGAUAAAUGCAUAUCCUGCGUUAAAAAUGCUGAGCUGAGGUCUGGAAGCUGUUUUUGCCCACCAGAACAGUUAAAAAAGUCAAUAUGUUUAAGUGUAUUCCAUGUUACACUUGCUGUCAACCCUAUCAACACUCUCACUUUAAGCUUUAGUGAAGACUUAAAAAAAAAUUUAACAGACAUUCAAAUAUUGGUACAAAUUCAUAAUAAAACAAUUUCUUUAUGAUCAGUAACAUAUAUUUCAAAUAGAACAUUCUUAAUAUCAUGUGAUUUCGGCAUAAAAAAAUUUAAAAAAACAGUAGUUACAGUUCUUUUUAAAGAUUUAGAGGGCAUUCAAUCAAUUUCAGGCAGUGUGCUUCUUGAAAAAUAUUUAAUUGGAACCCUCUAUAAUUCUGAUGUAAUGCCUGAGGAAAUUAUUGAGAUUAAAAAUCAGGUUUCUGCAGGGAUCAAAAUUUUGGUUGGGCUUGGAGCUAUUUUUUCAAUUUUUAGUUUAAAUCCUUCAAGCCUGUGAACUAUGCUUAAUACUAUUCAGCUCCUUGCCUACAUACCUUAUGCAAGCUAUCCUAUAACAGAAAAAAUUUCUGUAUUUUUUAAAUCAAUGAAUAAUUUUAACAUUGUCCCAAAUUUGUUUUUGCUAUUUAUUGAAGAGAAUGAAAGCAAUUCUCCCUAUUCCCGUGCAAGUAAUUAUGGAUAUGAUAGUUAUUUGAUAUUUGUAAAUAUUGGAAGUGAUGCAACUGUUCUGUGCUGCAUUAUAAUUGCGACUCCUCUAGUCUAUUAUUUUUCUAAAUGCUCUCAGAGAUACAUAGGAAAGAAAUUUAAAAAAAUAUUUAAGGAAUAUAAGUUUGCUACUUUUUUACGCUUUUGGAUUGUCAGCUAUCUUGAAUUUGGUUUCGCUUCUAUAAUAGGGAUUUUGAGUACAGAAAAUUAUGAAAUACUUAAAGAUUCAAUUUAUUCUACACUUCCUUAAGCAAAUUAUGGAUAGUAAAGGUAUGUGGGAAAAUCCUUCACAUGUCAAAAAAAAUUUCACAUUUGAAGUUUUACAUACAAGGAAAUUCACAUGUGGAAUUUUAUUUAGUAUGUGAAGGAUAGAUUAUAUGCUUUGCCCAAUCCAAAAUUUGUGCAAGGCAUGAUACAAAACUAUUUUCUAUGCUGAAUUUGUAUAGUAAUAAUAAUUUAG